GGUGAAGUCAUUCUUACCUGCCCUUACGCUUCACGUCGUGGAGACAUAUAUCACAACCGUCGGCCGCGGCGUGGCACCUCCAACAUUCCCCCUCAAUAUCGUCCAACGAACCGACUCCCUGAAUACCUGCGUGUUUCUUAAACCGCGACACCAUGACUGACGCCGCGUACGCAGGGAAGAGCGAGGAGCAAAUGUGAGUUCGCUCCCUCUGAGCCCAUCAUGCGCCUGACAAGGGACUCGAUAGGGUCGCAGCAUCAACUUGAACGAGCAGGCCGCCUCGCUCGAGGAGAAGAGCCAUACCAGCACGGCGCACGCUUUCACCGUACGCAUCUUCGCACAUCACCAGUACACCGACGCGCCACGGUAUUGACGAGCUUCCUCCCGUGCAUAGCCGGCGGCGCGACCAGCACUUCGCUUGAAUCGGGCGUGAACGAAUCCGGCGUCGCGGGCUUCUCAACCGCGAGCGGGCAUGGAACAGGUUUCCGUAGGCAGGACGGGCCAGACGGGCGGGGGCGCGAGCGACCAGUGGAUCCCCCACGAGAGGGCGGCGACCAUCGCACGGGAGAGGACCGCGCCAGUGCGAUUCAGGGCGGUGGUGUGAGGUACGGGCCUACGGGGAGUCAGUAGAAGCGAUGUCGGUAUACGGGACAGCAUCCGAUAGACGGCGGGCGACGCUAUAUCCAUAGCUUGCAAGUGGGCGUGUAUAAUGGGGAGUAUCACUGGUACAACGCGCGCCGGUGGUACCUAGCAUGAAUGGAAGUGACUUCUGCG